AUGGCUAGGCUAACGGCUCUGUUCGCAUCUGCGCUUCUGCUCUUCACAGGCUCGGAUACACCUCCGACUGAGGUCAUUUUUGAAACUUUCAGUAGAAGCUGCGCCGUGUCCCACUGGAUGGAGCUACUUCAACACAACGGCUUCGUGCUACCUUUUGUCGCCAAAGCUGGUGACAUUCGAUGAGGCUUCGCAGAUGUGCAUAUCCAACGGCGGAUCGUUACUUUCUGUCAAGAGCUGGGCAGAAAUGACCUUUCUCACGAGUUAGAUCUUCAAUUCUUGAGUGAAUAGCCUCGAACUUAAACGAUGUGGUCGCAGAAAAAAUAUCUCCGACGGGAUGUGGAAAAUUUUUUUUUUGUCAAGAAGCCAAUAUUGAGCUAGUAACAUAACACGCUGAGUUCAGCUCUUCGCUAAAAAGCGAGAGGAAAAAAUGUAGGCAAUUAGUGCUUCAGAAACGCAAAAAAAAAAACUCAACUCUAUUUUAAAAUUUUGACCUGCUACUGUAGCUUUUGGACAUGAAGUAACUGUUUUUUUUAAAUUUAGCCCUUUCUUCGAGUAACUUGGCGCAACCGUGGAUUGGGACCAGAAGAAAUUUGACUACCGGAAAAUUUUACAAUCUCGACGGCAGCUACUUGUCAACUAUUUACUGGGGAACUAGUGAGAGCUUCUUCCCAACGGAAUAUCAGUCCGAUUGAUGUUUCAGAUGAACCUUCAACGAACGGCGACUGUGUUAGUCUCAAAGCUACAGAUCCGAAUGGCCUCCACGCAAAUCCCUGCUACGACGUUCAACCUGCCUUGUGUAGGCAACCGGCCGCUGUGUCCGUUUCUUCUCAUUUUUCUGUAAAUGAAUAACGAUCGGAGAAUAAUUUGACAUCUGAAAAAUGAUGAGAAUGAAAAAAGCUACGAUAAAGUGUAGUGCGCCUUUUUAAUACUUAUGCCUGGAUUUUACUAUUUCUGAGGUUGUUUCUCUUUUUUUUUAAAUUAAAAACUGAUCAAAGCAUAUUAAACUUUGGUGUUCGAUAAGAAAGGAAAAACUUUUGAGUCUCGAACUUACUCAAAAGUCUAUGAUUCACAUUACUCAUUCUACAGGUGCAAUACUCUGUCACAGGGCGGUCUUUACACGAGAAGCGGCACUUUCACUUCUCCCGGCUACCCGACUCAAUACUUCAACAAUCUCCGGUGUCAGUACCUCAUCUCAAGUACGCCAUUUUCUACAAUCGAUCUAAUUUUUUUUUUCAAGGUCCUAAUAACACCUACAUAACAAUCUCCUUUUACCCUUAUUUUGUUGAAAACUAUCGCGAUUUUAUCGCGAUCUUCGAUGGAAAUACAACAUCCUACGCGUACAACAUUGGCCAGUAAGAACUAUUCAAGAUUCAAAAAGAAGAAAAGCUUGUAGAAUCCAGAGCUCGAGCGAUCGGAUGUCUUUUGAAGGCACGAAGAAUCAGAUGACCGUUUUAUUCAACACAAAUUCCGCCGUCACUGACAAAGGAUGGCAGGCCAAGUGGCAGGCAAAGUUUGUAUUUUGAAACCUUAUCGCAUACGGGAAAAAUCUCUCGAAGUGAUCAUCUGAUGAAAUUUAAAAUUUUUUGAUAGUCCUUCAUGCAAAUAUUGAUGAGCUACUGUAAGUUUGCGAUAAAUUUUAGGGGUUUAAAAUCAAGAAGAGUUCGAGGACUUUGAAAAAGUUAUACACAAAAGGGGACGAUACGAAAUAAAAUACCUUUCUCUCUUCUUUGCAUUAUUCCCUUUUUUCCCAAGACUGCAAACGAGAAAAAAUAGCGCACAGGCUGUUUUAUUGAUCUUAUUUGUUUAUUUCUGAUCUUUUUUAUUCUAAUAACUGAAUUGAAACCAGAAUCUUGACGACUCCGAUCACACAGGAAGGACUCAAUGGGAGCUUGACCUCUCCUAAUUAUCCCAAUAAUUACGAUCCUUACACCGAACAGCUCUACUACAUUACAGGCCUCCCUGGUUUCAAGGUGCUUGUCCAUUUUCAGAAUUACGUCAAAUUUUUCAUUCAAGAUCAAUAUAACCAUUGACGUUUUCAACACGGAAACUAAAUUCGACUAUUUGGAGAUUUAUAACACCGCUAACGUCAGUUCUACAAGCCUGAUAGCUAAGUUAGCGUUUGUUCAAUGAUUUUCUUUUAUAAAAAAAGGUUUUUAGUUUUUCAGGACCCUCUGUAGCGCCGUGGACCACAGUACUACCAGCUAACGUAGCAACUCUCCGAUUUAUGUCCGACGGGAUCGUCCAAAAGAGUGGCUGGCACCUUUUCUGGGGAACCGCUUAGAUCUACUUUUUCAAAAAUAUUUUCCUGGUGUACAUCAAUGAAUUGUUUUUUUUUAAAUUUUUUGAGUACUGACUGAAAAAUUGGACGUACGUGAAGUGAAGGAGUCUGAGUGGCGGCGUCAUUUUCAAUAGAAAGAUGCAGCUGGCACGUCGCGAACUCCUAAUCAUCGCGGCUUCCGUGGCCGUUGUCUCCGUCGUCGCUGCAGUUGUUGUCUAUCGCUCAAGCCAGGUUAAUAACUUAAAAUUCAUCCCGCAGAAAAAUUAAAUCCCUGAAUAGGGAGCAGGCCACGCCUGCGCCUAAUCCAUUAGGUACUUUGAAUAAAGCUUCAUCCCUAUUUUCCAAGAAGCUUUGAUUUUCAUUGUUUUUUAAAAUUUUUUUUUAACAUGUUAGGAAUUUUCGGAUGUCUCGAGAACUUACCGUCAGGUUUUAAGUUCGAAAAAAAUCUAUUUUCCUCUUACUAGUUUUGAUAAGCUUUUUUUAAUAAAAUUUCGGCCCAAAAAUUUUUUUCACAUAAAAAUUUAUAUAUUAAAUUGAAAACUAAAAAAAGAAAAAAAUCUUAUGACCGUUUCAGGCGAAGAAAUCGAAACAUCCAUCAAAAGAGGUUUUUCGACAAUGAUACCUCGGGAUCGGCCAUUUAUUCUUACAAACGUCGGUCCUCGUCAAACCUCCCUCGAAUUUGUUCUUUACUUUCAGCCCGAAGACGGAAAAGGUUGCGGCAACGGAAGGCGCUGCACGUGUCGACGGCCUCGAGCAGCGACAGUUCAGCGACGGUUCCAGUCGUCAUCUCCAACACCAACGCCGACACGCAGACCUCCGAUAAAUGAUCAUUUUCUCUGUUUUUGCCCGAAAUCUAAAUAAAUGUCGAUACGACGGACAAAGCGAUCUAAUGGAAAAGGAAACCAUAGCAAAUCAAGCGGUACUCGAAUAUUUUCUUCUGUGUCAUGUUUUGUUUUUUUCUUUUUCGUGGUGCACUUUUGAAUUUGAUCUCAUUUUCCCAAUUAUUAACACUUCUAAAAUUAAAUUUAUCGUUGUUUUUUUGAAAUGAAAGCGACUGAAUGACCAAAGAGAAGAGCUUCCAUAAAUUUGCAGUGUUUCGUAGAAAGCUAGCAGUUCAUUAAUAGUAUAUAAAUCAGUCGAUUUAAUUUAUGAGCAGAGCGAAAUGAAUAAAAGAAGAAAUAAUAACUUUCUCGUUCUUUAGGUUGAAGAAUAGAUGAAUAUUUCUAACCUUGUUGAACCUUAUCUAACUAAGACUCUGAUGAGUCUAAAAUUUGUGAAAAAACUAAACCAAUAAGUCCAAAAAAAAGGCGUUUGGCAGCGUCAUCUUUCCAAUCUGGAACGGAGUUUCAAAAGUUUGCACAAAAAGUCAUGUUUUUGUUGUCCUUUGCCGCAGCGACGGGGGACGCGGGCCGCUGGAAAGUGAUAAGAGCAGCAAUAAACGAUAAGGAAAGACUCGAAUAGCUCUUGUUUGCUUUUUGAAGACGCCGUCGCCGCGGUCUUCGACGCGAAAUGUUUCUCGUGGCGUUCUUCUUCGUCGCUGUCGUCGCCGCCGAGUUCGACGACUACACAGCGGAGACAUUUCCGGACUCUAUCACUCAGCCACAACUUUGCGCCGUCUCCCGGCCCGGCUUCGCAUGCGACCCCAAUUCUAUCCUCGGAACACAAAACUCCACUCAAACUCGUCAGUUCUGAAAAUUGGAGUUAACAAAUUUUAUAUCGCGUCUGGUUCAUACGUAUAUCCUUCGAAAGUCAGAAAAAAACUUCCGGAGUUUGCAAAAAGAUAACCAUUUUGUAAAUUUUUUUAGCUUGUCUUGCAGAGAAUCGAUCAAUUUCCUUCUCUUGAAGUGCGUAACGGAAAAAUAUAUUUAAAAAAAAAAAAAAACAAAAAAAAAUCUAGAAAAUAUUUUAUUACCCACUUUCCGUUUCUCAAAUAUUUCAAUUGAUACUCGAAUUGAAUGUAUUUACAAAAAAAGCUUAAAAACUGUCUUUUUGGUUGAGUUAGUUUAGAAUUUCGACUUUCAAUAUAGUGAAAAAAGUUCUUGUGAGAAGUUUUUUGGUUCUCACGCCUUCAGCAAUCGAUUGACGGCGACGUUUUGAUAUCGUUUAUUGACUCACAAAAUAUUUCAUAUUUGCUAUAAAUAUCAGUGCGAUUUUUAUCACAGUGGGAAAAAACGAAGAGCUGAAAUUUCUAUACUCCUCGUUUACCUAGCAGGAUAGGACGUAAUUCAGACUUCGAACUCGAUACAGAGCUCUUGAGGAUCCGCGGCCUGACCAAUUGUUCCUGUAACGACCAGACCGAAUGCGAUCCUUCGACCUUUGGUUACACGGUUUCUGUGGCUGCAGUCCGAAAAAUGAGGCUUGCCACCAAUGAAACGUUUGUUUGGUUCAAUCUUAGUGAAUGGAAGUCAAAGAUUCCUUAGUCAGAUGAGCUGACGAAAUUUUGAAACGGUUUUCUGCAGGUCGAGAGCGACAGUUCUUGCUGCAGCGGAAAUCUUCGCUGACCGGGUCAGAUGGCGUCAGAACCGAGGACAAUGCGACGACGACAUGUUGAUCUUCAUUUCGGAAGAAGACCAAGUCGUGUGGACGUCCGUCGGCACUGGAGCCGCCCGUCUCAUCAACCGCGACGUCGUCAAGCGAGUCUCUGAAGAAGCUGGUAUCUUUCCAUUUUGUCUUUAGGUCAACACAUCUGCAUGUAUUUACAGAGACAUACUUUGAGAAGAAGUCAUAUAUGCAAGGCAUCGAAUGGAUGACCAAACAGUACAGCAAGGCCUUUCAGCAACAAAAAUUGGAUACCUGUAUGUUCCGAUGAUUCUUCAGAACCAACUUCUGAUUGCAGUGAGACGAUUCGGCUUCUGGGAACUGCUGGUAAUAGGAUCUGUCGUCGGUUUCGUUCUCGUUGCCCUCAUAACUCUAGUCGUCCUCUGUAUUUGUAAGUGUGCCAGGAAAAAUCAUCAAAACGAAUACGAGAUGGGAACUCGAAUGUAA